GCUUAAAUAUUCGAGGCUGUUCGGUAAUGAUAAUAUCUAUAUUUAAAGCAAAGUCUGCCUCGGUUUACUUUUUUAACAUAGCUUAGGCCUCUUGGGCAUGUGUUUUUUUAACCCAGUUCAUUACAGCCUUCCAGGCAGAAAACCAAUACAGAUAGAUAUGACUUUCUAAAUAUACUUACACGUAUAGUACUUUCAAAAAGCCUAUCGACAAAUCGAGCAUACAGUUAAUCCAGUUUGUCUGAAUUUGACUGCCCUUGAAGUCUUGAACUGAGCGUCCCCAUAGCGGAAUAUAUGCGGACAGACCCAGUACUGGCCGUAACUGGCGAAGCCAUGGGGAUGCCAUUUCCGGUGUACAGAAACCGCGGUGGCUUGUGGGCUACCAUUAUGAUGCUCCUGAUGUUAGCAAAAAGCUCGCUUCAAAUAGACUGCUACGUGUGUUCUUCCGUGAGCCAAAGCGAUUUGUCGUGUGAGGACCCCUUCAAUCCCAUCACCGUGCCUCCGGACGAUCACCUAGACGCCGGCCUAAAUGCCACCCAUCUCAACGGUUCCCUUUUGCAUCUGCAGCGUGCCUGUCACGUGCACGCCAGCCGCAGGAGGACCGUCCCUCCCGUUGCCGCCACCGCCUGUUUGAAGCUGCACGGUUCCUUCUCGGACACAGGGGAAACUGUGAUGGUGCGUGCGUGUGCCCUGGACCACGGCAGUCCGUCGUCGGACAAGGAAACCACCCGGCAGAAGCACUGCGGCGACUCCUUGUUCAACGACCGCCCGUGGCGCGGCUGCACCUAUACCUGCUUCACCGACGGCUGCAACGGGAUGCCGCUGGACUGAACGCCGCGCCGGUGUGUCUUUGUGGUCUUCGGGUGCUGCAGCGGCGCACAGACAUGUACACUUCUCCUCGCCAUCACCCAUAUCUGGAAAUUUCAGUGCCGGCUGCUAGUCUGCGCGAUUUCACUGGGAAAUCAGCCGAAUUAAAAACAAUACGAAAACAAAACUCGUACUGUAGAGCUGUUAGCUCCAAAGAAUGCCCAACAUUCAGUAGCGGGUCACUGUUUGAAUUUCAAUCAGUUUAACUACCAGUGCAUGCCUACGAGGUAAUGUGAUUAUGUGAACCAUGGCUAUUGUCAAAUAAACUGCAUUUUCAACAC